CCCACCUGCAGUGAUGAAGGGUAACACGCUGACUUGUGCUACACUGUGUUUGUUCCUUUGCUGGAUGCUGCCUGUAGGCUCGAAGAAGAUCAGUUUUAUCGUCAGUCUACCAGAGGCAAACUCAGGCAUCCAAAUGAGCAUGGUUGAAGAUGCUGUGGAUGACAUGUACUUUGGCUGCAACGAGACAAUGGCAAAAAUGGUCAAGGACAAAUACUUUCAAAAGGAGAACAAGGGAAUAUUUAAAGACGUCUGGAAAAAGGCAGAAAGCUGUGCCAAUCGUAAUCUCAAAAAUAAAGACACAGGGGAUGAGGCUUUAACUAAAGAGCACAUGCAGGCAAUCUGUGUUUAUACAUCUGGUUAUAAAGGGUUUUAUCAGAUGUUCAAUGAUGCAGUCCGGACCAACAGAAAAGUCUAUGGCACCUCCUUUCCAUUUCACUCCUUACAAUUCUGGCUGACAUCGGCUGUAAAGAUUCUCAGUGAAAAUAAUAACUGUCACAUUACGUACCGCAGAAGCAAAGUUGUGUUUACUGGCAAUGUCAACCAAAUGAUUCGGUUUGGUUCCUUUACCUCCAGCUCUAAAGAUCCAGCACUGUCCCAAUUUGGUUGGAAGACCUGCUUUAAAAUUACGACCUGUUCAGGUGCUUACCUGAAAAAAUAUCCACACUUAGGAAAGAAAGAGGAAGAGGUGGUCAUCCCCCCCUAUGAGAUUUUCAAGAUAACUGGGAUAAAGAAGGAUGCAUCUGUAAAAGGUCUAGAAGACUGUGAGGUUGUGUAUAUCCUGCAAAGUGUAGGGCUUCAAAGCAAUUUAAACUGCAUGCUGUGUACCAAAUUAAAGACCAAAGGUUUCUUUAACUUUAAGUAAAAGUAAAAGUCCACAUAACCCUUCUAAAAUCCGAGCUCAUUACAAUAUAUUGGUACAUUCUCCUCAAUCCCUAAAUUCAGGCUUGGAGGCUCUUUGAUUAUUGUGGACUCAAGUUUUCAUACUUCCCCAGCAUACUGUGCAACAACUUUUUACAGUUUCUAAAAGGCUUUUUUUUAUGUGUUCUUGCAUUUAUCAGCAUUUCUAUGUGAAACAAAUAUUUGUUUUUUCUGAAUGAAAUAAAUACAUUUU